GCGCGGCCCGGGCCGGAAGUCUACGAGUUCCUGGGUGUGUGUGUCUGUGUCUGUGUCUGUGUCUCGCCGCGGCGCGCGGCCGCCGACAAGCGCUUGGGGAUUCCAGUCUGAGGCGUCACUACUGUCACUGCCAUCAUCACGCCCCCGGAGCCACUUUCAGAGGGGACUGGACCUGGCCUUUCGCCAGGCAAAGAAGAUGUUGCCCCUGUCCAUCAAAGACGAUGAAUACAAACCACCCAAGUUCAAUCUGUUCGGCAAGAUCUCGAGCUGGUUUAGGUCUAUCCUGUCGGACAAGACGUCCCGGAACCUGUUUUUCUUCCUGUGCCUGAACCUCUCUUUCGCUUUUGUGGAACUCCUCUACGGCAUCUGGAGCAACUGCUUAGGCUUGAUUUCCGACUCUUUUCACAUGUUUUUCGAUAGCACUGCCAUUUUAGCUGGAUUGGCAGCUUCGGUUAUUUCAAAAUGGAGAGAUAAUGAUGCUUUCUCUUACGGGUAUGUUAGAGCUGAAGUUCUGGCUGGCUUUGUCAAUGGCCUAUUUUUGAUCUUCACAGCUUUUUUUAUUUUCUCAGAAGGAGUUGAGAGAGCAUUAGCACCUCCAGAUGUACACCAUGAGAGACUGCUACUUGUUUCAAUUCUUGGCUUUGUGGUGAACCUAAUAGGAAUAUUUGUUUUCAAGCAUGGAGGUCAUGGACAUUCUCAUGGAUCUGGCCAUGGACACAGUCAUUCCCUCUUUAAUGGUGCUCUAGACUCGGCACAUAGCCAUGGAGAUCACUGCCACAGUCACGAAGUGAAACCUGGUGCUGCACAUAGCCAUGAUCAUGCUCAUGGACAUGGACAUUUUCAUUCUCAUGAUGGUCCCUCUUUAAAAGAAGCACCAGGACCCAGCAGACAAAUUUUGCAAGGUGUAUUUUUACACAUUCUAGCAGAUACACUUGGGAGUAUCGGUGUAAUUGCCUCUGCCAUCAUGAUGCAAAAUUUUGGUCUGAUGAUAGCAGAUCCUAUCUGUUCAAUCCUUAUAGCUUUGCUUAUAGUUGUAAGUGUUAUUCCUCUCUUAAAAGAAUCUGUUGGAGUAUUAAUGCAGAGAACUCCUCCUUUGUUGGAAAAUACUCUGCCUCAGUGCUAUCAGAGGGUGCAGCAGUUACAAGGCGUUUACAGUUUACAAGAACAGCACUUCUGGACUUUAUGUUCUGAUGUCUAUGUUGGGACCUUGAAAUUAGUAGUAGCACCUGAUGCUGAUGCCAGGUGGAUUUUAAGCCAAACACAUAACAUUUUCACUCAGGUUGGAGUGAGACAGCUUUAUGUACAGAUUGACUUUGCAGCCAUGUAAUGAAUGAAAUUAUUUUACUUUUCUUUUGGACCAAGUUUUUCUGGUACUGUACAAUUUAAAACAUUGUACCCAGCUUCUUAAAAUAGAGAAAGCAUCACUACAGCUCCCCAGCACCAAGUAGACCAGGUAGUGUCAGCUGUUCAUGUUCCACAGGGAGUUCACAGCUAAGGGAUGACAAGUAAGAGGACAUUUCCUGGACUUUUGGUCUUGUCUUCUGUGCCCUUCCACUGUAAACCAUUUUGAUUUCUGCUUUUGUUCCAGAGUGUUGGUUUGUGUGUCUGUGGUUUCUUUCUUUCUUUUUUUUUUAAUUCCUUCCUUCCUUUCCCUUUUUUUUGUUUUUAUUUUUCUGUUGUUUUGUUUCAUGUUGAAUAUCUUCAUCCCCAUUCCCUCACCCCAGUCAGUAAGAAAUUCAGAUUGUGGGCCUCCAAUCAUCUGGAAUGUCUUUACUGAAGCUGCUGGAAACCACUGCUUUCAUUCCCACAAAACCAGUGUUAGUAGAAAAAAACAAAAGAAAAAAAAAGAAAUCUGUUUUGUAUGUAAUGUCACAGUUGUUGACGUUCUUCAGUAUAAUCAUAUGUUUGUAAAAUUGUUUGUUCCUCGCAAACUUAUGAACCAAACCAUAUUGGGUUUUCAAAGUGCCUUUGUAUCACAAAAUGUUUGCCAGCAUAUAAUUGUACCAUCAAAGGUCACGUAUCUUUUUUUUUUUUUAAUGGACAUUCUGUAAUCUUUACAAAAUAAGACUCUUGUUAGCAAUGUAUACAGAUUAUCUUUUGUGUACUUCCAACAUAGGCUUAGAUAUAUAAAAAGCUUCCUUUUUGUUUUAUCUCAUCAAAAAAUAAAAGGUUUUAUUUUGCUUUUUAAACAAACUCAAUUAUCAUAUUAAAUUACUUUGUGGACUAUGUUUGCAAAACUUUGCAAAUACAUCUAUUAAUACAGAAAGUUGUUUUGACGCAAAGCAGCUGCUAAAUUCCAAAUUUCUGUAAAAACUACUGUGUGUAUGACAAACUUUCCUAUAUCUCUCCUUGCCAUUUUUAUGUAUUUUAUUCAUGAAAAGAAAAAGCAAUGUACACUAAAGGAAUAGCUGUGAUUGUGUUCUUUUGCUUUUUCAUUCUUCAGAUGCCAAGUUACAUGACUUGCUUUCCUGUUUAAGCUUUGCACAAAUACAAUUGCUUUCAGGAAUCCUAUAGCAGCAUUUGAUUGAGUUUAAACUAUUAAAGGUACGGAGCAAAUGUGGUGAUGUAGAAAACUCUUCCUAACAUAGGUAUCUUAGAAGUAAAUAAUAAAUAAGUUUAUUUUCUAGGUUCUUGUGUAUUUGAGAAAUAAAAAUACAAUUUGAGAUGACAAGUGCUUGAACACUAUUUAAGUAUUCUGUGUUUUUAUAAAGACAUAUUGAUCUGGAUAAACAUUUUUCCAUUGUACUUCUUUUUAUUACAAUGUAUAUUCCCUUUUAACUUUAAAAAAAAAUUGAGAUUGUUGGGGGAAAAAAACACUGCAGAAUGGAAAUGAUUGCUAAUAGUAUAAAUCAAUAAUAAGCACUUUUUUAUUGCAGUGGCAGGAAUCACAGCUGAUUUUGUCACUCUUGAAGUUAUUCUUUCCCCUGUUAUGGCCCACAGCAUAUGAAUGAUUAGUAAAAUUGGACCAUUUUCUUCAUGCUUUUCUAAACUGCUGCAGAUUGCCAAGAGCUGUCUUUUGGUCAAAAAUCUUUUUACAGAUAAAAUAGUAGUUUUCAAAACAUGUUUGCUUACUGCCUGGCAGUUCUAGAAGUAGGAAUUCCUACAAUAGGGUAUAUUUGACUGAAACAAUUGUUGAAAUCUUUUAGGAUAAAAAACACUAAAAGAAAUGCCCUGUUAAUGGUACUGCUUUUUCUGGAAGUUUGCAGUGCCGCCAACAAAGUCCAAAAAACAAGAAUUUCCUUGGGUUUGGCAUAUUCUAGAAAAUGAUAGAUCUAAAUGAAGGCAGCAAUUUUGGAUAUGUGCCUUUAAAAGAUAAUUACAUGUAUAACAGUAUUGAUAUUUCAUAUAGGGAGAUAAUUGUACUGGUCUAUAAUUUUUACCAGUGUAUCAUCUGAAGAUCUAAUUCUCCCUUUAACUGAGCCUUUCAUUCUGAGUUUUUGUCAAAAUGAAUAUACCCACUCUAUUUAACUGUGCUCUUAACAGAGAAAUGCAUGAGUAUUUUUUUCUUUGAUAAGGCAUUGAGUAUAUAGCAUGUUAAACUCAUAUGAAACCAAUCUGCACUUGUUGCAAGAAGUUGCCAGGUUAUGAUAAUUUCACAGGUUCACAUUAACAUUUAUGCUUUAAUUAAAUGUCAAUAUGCCUUUAUGUGCAGCCCCAAAAAUUCAAGAAGCGCUUAAUAUAUGCAUAACUGCCUCAUUUUGCUAAUUACCUGUUCAUUUUUGUAAAGGACAGUAUCUAGUUUACCUGUAGGGCAUUGUUCAUCAUGCUUUCAGCGUACCAUUUUUCUGCAGUGGAGGUAUUAAGGAAACAUAUGUCAUUGGCAUCAUGAUAUCCCUUGUAUCUAGAAGGUUUCAGCAUUCUUCAAAGCUUACACAUAUUUAUUUAUCUGUAACCAAAGUACUGUGACUUUUGUGUACCUUUGUAAAGCAGCCAAAUCAUUAACUCAAAUGCAGCUGGUAAGAGUUCUGUAAUGUUUUUACCCACCAUACAAAAAUCAGUUUUUACAAAUACUAUUCAUUUGGUAGUACCCUGUUAUAUAAUGUUGGAAUUUAAGUAGAAUUUUACUUCUAAGCAAGGACUGUUGUUAGAAGCGAUCUAGUUCUACCUCUGAUUUUUCAGACGAGAAAAGUGAAGCACAGAGAUCUGUCAUUUAUUCAAGAUCACAGAGAUAAUUAGUGGCAAAGCCAACACUAGAAUUCAGACCUUCUGACUCCAAGUUGAGAGUGCUGUAUUGUACUCUUAGUGUAAAAUCUGCCUUUCUAGAGAUUAUGUGAUUAAAUGCCAUUUGUAAAAAGGGAUAUCUGACCUCCACUUUUGAUACAUUAAGGCACUUUAUAAAGAGUUUGUCAUUUUUUAGUAUAUAAUUAUGAGGCUUAGAAUAUUAUUUCCAUAGUAUUCUUCAUGGAACAUACUCUGAUUAAUUUUUCUACUCUUUUUCACUCAUGUGAAACCUAUCCUUUUAAAAAAAUGAUGACAUCUAUACAAUGGAUACCUCUAAUUUGUAAGUGAACCUUUUUGUUAAAUGCUGGAGGCUAAAUCCAAUUCAAGAGUUGCUUAGUUUUUAAAUUUUGUUUAUAUUGUGUUAACUGUAUUUUUUAAAAAACUGGCUAAUUCAGGGGUCAUAUCAUUUCAGUCUUGCUUUUUAUUCAAUGGUCAGCUUUUUGCAUUUUAAAAACUCUGAGAGUCAUGCAGAAUUGUGCAUUAAAUAUUGUACCGGACAAAUCUUUUCAGUGGGGUGAAAUUCUAAAGUCUUAUCAGAAUCCCAAAUGCUAACCUACUACUUCCAAUUCAUCAUUAAAGCCUGGUCUUAAGAAAGUUAAACAUUUUUUUCCAUUUUACAAAAGUCACCAUCUUUGAAAAAAGUUAUUUUAAUGCACAAGAAGAUGAUUAAAAAAAUAAAAACAGAAAAUUUAUUCUCUGUAAAACACAUUCAGAGAUUAUUUCAAUACAUGAUCCCCAAAAGGCUUACUGACUCAGAUCUCUAUCAUAGAAUCAAGACAGACUCAAAUGCAAUGAAAAAUUCUGUAUUAAAGAGUAUUUACAGAAAAGGAGCAGAGGAGUACACUUCUUAAAAGUCAAAUGGAUAGGAGUCUUUUUUGAUGAAAGUAUCUUUGGUUUAUAUUUAACCACUUCCUAAUCUGCAAAUUAUACAGAAAGCAAGGAUAUGAAAUAACCUUUAUUCUUAUUUAUGUGCCAGACUUUUAGUAGGGCUUUUCUCAUGUUAUUUCAUUUAUUUUUCACAUUUCUAUGAAGAAAUAAUCUUGCAUUAUUUAAUUAUGAUUGACCAAGCACUGUCAAAUAUACUUUCGCUUCUAAUUCUCAUAAUAUCCCCAUUUUAUAGAUGAUGAAGCUGUUUUGAGAGAAUUUACAUGACUUGCCUGGGGAAGUGCCAGUACUUUCCCUGACAACUAUUUUUUAAUGUAUGUUUUUAAAAUUCAAGAAACUGUAACACAUCUAAAUAGACACCUGAAAACCUAGUGAACAAUGAUUUUUGACAGAACUGAUAUUGGGAACACUUACUAUACAUUGUUUAGACUCAAUCCUUCUUUCUGUGUUCUGUUGUGCUUACUUCCUAACUUUGGCAUCAGUCUAAAACUGCUGGAUAAAAAAAGACUUCAGAACUGUGUUAAGUACUUUUAUUAAGACCACUAAAAAAAAAAUAGACCUUUUAUUGGCACUCAGAGUAAGCUGCUUAAGGAAGUGACACAGAGGCUAAGGCCCUCUGUGCCAGUAUGAGCAGAAAAACUGAACUCUCACAAACAAGAGACCUUAGCUCAGUUAUUAGGGACCUGUUUCUUCCAAGAGUUUUGCACUGCAGGAGAGGGAUGAGUAGGCUUUGAACAUCACAUUUCAUACAUACCUUUUCAAAAGGAAGAAAUGUAUUUCAGAUAGUAUAACUAAUGCUUAAAAUUAAUGUUUAACUUUGAACUCCUGCCACAGCUUUGAAAAUUUAAUAUUUGUAAUUUUGGUCAUGGUGUGGAAAGUUUCUAAAUGAUCUUUGUCUUGUACAUCUCAUUAUCCCCAAAGUUAGCAUGGAUUUACACUUACAUACUCAGUAAGUGCUUGGUUAGCUAGUGAAUAAAUAUUAUAGACAGUAGUAGAUAUAAAAGUUAAGGGUUAGGGACAGGUGAAACCUGUAGCUGAGGACAUCUCAGCAAUUAUUUGGCAUUUUUUGCACAAGCGUAUCAGUUUAUAUUCACUUUGGCUGUUCUUUUUUCCCAGUAUCCCUGUGAGCUGCUUACUGUUUUUAAUAUACAAACAGUGGAAGUUCAGAGAUGUUAUGCAUUUUGCAUAGUGCUGGAUAGGAAUUUGGCAGAACAGGGACGGUGGAACCUGGGCCACUUGAAUUUUUAUAUUUGUGUAGCCAAACCAGGAACCACACUGUCUACUUGGUUCUUUUGUAAAACUGCCAUAUUUCCACUACUUAAUCUGUAGAGGUCUUCUAUUUCAUUUGUCUCUCAUGUGUUGUCAUCAGAUGUCUUUCAGAGGUAAUUUUUUGAAGGUGCUUCUAUAAAAACAGUAAAACAUGAGUUCAUUAAGUGAUUCAAAUAUUCCUACAAUGUUUACUUUUUUCCUUUCCCUUCUAUAAAUUUUAGCAGCCUCUUUAUAUUUUUUCAAUUAUUUUUAUUGACAUUGUUGCUUUCACUCUAGAGUUCCCACCUUUUACUAGUAAAAAAUAGAUGUUUUAAAUUUUAAAUUUGAAUCUGAUGCAUCAUAUAAUGUACAUCAGUUCGUCUCAGUGCAGAUUCUAUCCUGAGCUAGAUACAUCCUGUCAAUAGUCUGCCAUACAAUUCCAUUGUUUUCCCUGUUAGCCACAAACUCAGAGAUAUUUUUUCCCAAGUGGUAUUUUCCCCCAACUUUUGUGAGUGGAUAAAUGAACAAAAUGGGUCUUAUAUAUUAGAAAUACUGUGAAUGAUAAGUUGCCAAAUUCCUUAUUAUAUUCUGAACACUCCUAAAACACUUUACCUCCCUGACUUUAAUGGUUUUUAAACGCAUGGCCAUGACUGUAUUUGUGUUUGAUUUCUCUGGUGAAGAUUGUGGCAUUGAAACAUUUCUAAAAAUGUUUGAAUACAAAGCUAGAUUGGAAUGUCAGAUUUCAAAGACUAUGUUGUAAUUUGGUUUACAUAUGCUAAAGCAAGCAAUUAUGAUUUGCCUAAGUGCAAUACAAGAAAUCUAUAUAAUGUAUUUUUCACCUUUUCUACUUGAACACAUCCACGUUUUGUUUAACUUCAGAUGUAUUUUAGAAUAAUCAAAAGUUGUGUCAAAAUUCUUUCAAUAAAAUUUGUUUAAAAAUCUUUACCUGAAUUGUGUCUAUCAGUCUGAUGGACUGAAAACUGAACUGACCCACUAUCAGAAUAAGAUUCUAUAAGACUUAAGGAAUGAAAGGGAAAGAAUAAUUUUCAGAGAUAGAAAACAGCAGAACUCAUUAGAACAAAAACUAAGUUAGGAGGUUGGAAAUGUCUUCACAUUGUGAAGAGUCCCAUUG